GUUGGUUAUUCAGCGAUUCACACCAAUUCUCAUUUCGCAGACGCUGUCCGGUCUUUACAUCUCUAUUACUAAGAUCCUAUAACAUCCAAUGAUCUUGACAUAGUCUGUUCUUUUUCUGCAGACUACCGGUACCUUUUCCGUUGAAGCCUGGCACCACAGCGUCAUUGAUAAGAGCUACACGAUUUCUCUAGCCGUCACCAGGUUUGAGACGGGCAGUCUUCGUACGGUACUCGGGGCGUUUGCUUGCUGAAGCUCUGCAACCCUUCAUCCAUCCAGAUACUAUGGGAAAUCUACGAUUAAACAUCGAGAAUGGUCACUUUAUCGAUGACCACGGGAGAACUGUGACCCUUCGAGGUAUCAAUGUAGCUGGAGAUGCCAAAUAUCCCAGCAAUCCAGACCAGCCUUCGCAUAUUCCCCAAGACUUUUUUGACGGAGACGCCGUUAAUUUCCACUCGAGACCCUUUCCGAAAGAGGAUGCACAUCUUCAUUUCUCCCGUCUAAAACGGUGGGGCUACAACACAAUCAGAUAUGUCUUCACAUGGGAGGCGAUCGAGCCAUCGGGCCCUGGGCUGUACGAUGAAGAAUGGAUCCAGCAUACCCUCGAGAUUCUAAGACUGGCAAGAGACUAUGGGUUCUAUAUUUUCAUGGAUCCCCAUCAGGAUGUGUGGUCGCGGUUUUCUGGAGGCUCUGGAGCGCCUAUGUGGACUCUCUAUGCUUGCGGACUGAAUCCUCAGAGUUUCGCAGCUACAGAAGCAGCCCUCGUACAUAACACAUAUCCUGAACCAGAAAAGUUUCCGAAAAUGAUCUGGUCUACAAAUUAUACUCGAUUAGCUUGCCAAACAAUAUUCACAUUCUUUUUUGCAGGACGAGACUUUGCGCCGAAGUGCAUAAUAGAUGGGAAGAAUAUCCAAGACUUUUUACAAGACCACUUCAUCAAUGCCCUGGCUCAUCUUGCCAAACGAAUACACGAAGCUGGCGACUUGGAGGACGAAAUUGUGAUUGGGUGGGAGAGCAUGAACGAGCCAAAUCGUGGAUUGGUGGGUUGGCCGGACAUUACUGUCAUACCGAGUGAACAGAAGCUGCAGAAGGGUACAUCGCCAACGGCAUGGCAAGCCAUAUUGACUGGUUCGGGAAGGGCUUGUGAGAUUGAUACGUGGGACUUUGGAGGAAUGGGUCCAUAUAAAUCUGGUCGGGUUCUGGUAGACCCUCAGGGAGAAAGUGCAUGGCUUCCCGUAGGAUACGAUGAGUCACGGUAUGGAUACAAGCGGGAUCCAGGAUGGAAACUUGGAGAGUGUAUAUGGGCUCAACAUGGUGUCUGGGAUCCGAGUACCGACAUGGUCCUCAAGAAAGAUUAUUUCAAGAAGAACCCCAGGACCAACGAAGUCAUUGACUACGAGACAUUCACAAACACUUACUGGAUGGAUUACUACAGGAGACAUAGAGACGCUAUUCGAAGUCACCAUAAAGAGGCUAUACUCUUCGCCCAGCCACCAGUGCUUGAGAUACCUCCGUCGAUCAAAGGUACCAAGGAUGAUGAUCCAAAAAUGGUCUAUGCGCCUCAUUACUAUGAUGGUGUGACCCUCAUGACGAAGAAGUGGAACCGAUACUGGAAUGUCGAUGUUUUCGGUAUUCUUCGAGGGCGUUAUCUUAGUCCUGCAUUUGCUGUGAAAAUUGGAGAGACUGCUAUUCGGAACUGUUUCCGAGAUCAAUUGACCGCGAUCAGGCAAGAAGGACUGGACUAUAUGGGGAACCACCCUUGCGUGUUGACCGAAUUUGGGAUACCCUACGACAUGGACGACAAAUAUGCAUAUAAGACAGGAGAUUACUCGAGCCAGUCAGGUGCUAUGGAUGCAAAUCAUUUCGCAGUGGAAGGUAGUGAAAUGGCGGGAUAUACAUUGUGGCUGUAUAUGUGUGAAAACAAACACCAUCUUGGCGAUCAGUGGAACGGAGAAGACUUGUCAAUCUUUUCUCUUGACGAUCAACCUCUUCCACUGUCCCCAAUCCCACCAACACCUUUAAACCAAUCCACCACCAGUCUUGUCCCGAAACCAGGCCCCAACAACAAGAAGGAAUUCUCGGAUGAGUCGACUGUCAAUCCGGGUAACAUCAAAGACAAACUAAAAACUCCUUCAAUCUCUUCAAAAGCCACAGACGCCCCUCCGGAGCUCACCAAUGCUCCGGGGUUUCGAGCUGCUGAGGCUUAUAUUCUGCAUUAUGGCUUCGACUUGAGGAAUUGCAUAUUCACCUUCAAGCUGCACGCUCAUAAAGCCGGCACUGAUGAGAAACCAACUGAGAUCUUCUUGCCUGAAUUUCACUUCCCAAAAGACAAAUGCGACAUUGAAGUCACUGCUGGUAAAUGGACCAUCAGCACGGAUGAUGCGGAUGGCGGCAUGAUUCAGAGAUUAAGGUGGUGGCACGUUGAAGGUGAACACUCCAUCAAGGUCACUGGUGUGCAAAGGCGGCAGAACAUGGCACUUGGUAAAGAAGAGGAAGAGGGCUAUUUGGAUCAGUGCCAGCAGAGUAAAUGCUCUGUCAUGUGA